AUGGAUACAAACCCAGCGCAGCUCCCUCUGAACCAACAGAUUACACGCUUUCGCGAAAUCGUUUCAACAAAUGCAACACUCAUGACUAUUCUAUCUCGAGCCGCAACCUUGAAGCUGCCAAACUGGUAUCUUGCCGCUGGGGCUGUUUCCCAAACCAUUUGGAAUACCAUGUCGUCGUUUGCGCCUGACACGGGCAUACGUGAUUAUGAUCUCGUCUACUUUGACGAUUCAGACCUCUCAUUUGAAGCGGAAGAUGCAGUCAUCCAAGCCGGUAGGGAGCUUUUUGCCGACCUACCCGUUGAAGUUGAGAUCCGUAACCAGGCGCGAGUCCAUUUAUGGUUCGAAAAGAAGUUUGGCGUCCCUUGCCCUCCUCACAAAAGCGUCGAGGCAGGCAUCGAUACCUGGCAUACGACAAGUGCAAUGAUUGGCGUGCGCUUAGAGGCCACGGGGGAGUGGACAAUUUAUGCCCCUCGAGGCUUGUCAGACUUCUUCAACAUGAUAGUGAGGCCGAACCCAGCGCUGGCAAAGAGGGAGCCGUACGAAAAGAAGACAAAUCGCUGGAAGUCUAUUUGGGAGAAUGUCACGAUAGAACCUUGGCCAGCGUCAGAGGAUAAAUAA